UGGGGCAAUGAGAGGCUCCCUGGUGGGGUCUAUGGGGCAAAAAGAAGAUUGUAGGAGCCGUAUGGGACCAUUGGGGGGUCUAUUGGUCAAGGGAGGCUCACUGGGAUGGUUUAUGGGGCAACUGAGGGGGUCUGUGGGGCAAAAAGAGGUUAUUAAAGAGGCCUGUGGGGCACUACUGGGAUAUUGGGGUGGGUCUGUGGAGCAAAGGGGAGAUCGUGAGAGAUCUGCAGUGCAAUCGGGGCUCGCUGUGGGGCUGACAGGACCAGGCGCUCCCCAGGGCCUGCGGCGUGCCCCCAACGAUGGCACCAUGCCGCUGGCUGUGAGCUGGCCCUUCCCUGCCGGCCCCCCCCUGCCCUGGGCCCUGGCCAGCCGCCUUGUCACUGGCCUCGUGGGCACCUAUAGCUGCAUCUGGACUCGGUACCUGAACCGCCUGCGGGUGUACAAUGCUGAGGUGCUGCACGAGCUUCUGGAGCGCCGUGGCCCUGCCACCCCACUGCUCACUCUCGCCAACCACCGCUCCUGCAUGGACGACCCACACCUUUGGGGGAUCCUGAAGCUGCGGCAUGUCUGGAGCCUGCACAAGAUGCGCUGGACCCCCACGGCCGCUGACAUCUGCUUCACCCGUGAACUGCACUCCCGCUUCUUCAGCCUGGGCCGCUGCGUCCCCGUCUGCCGAGGGGAUGGCGUCUACCAGCGAGGGAUGGAUUUCAUCCUGGAGAAGCUCAACCAGGGCGACUGGGUGCACGUCUUCCCUGAGGGCAAAGUGACCGUGGAGCAGGAGUUCGUGCGUUUCAAGUGGGGCAUCGGGCGCCUCCUGGCUGAGUGCCACCUCGACCCCGUCAUUCUGCCCUUGUGGCACGGGGGCAUGAACGACGUGCUGCCCAACACGCCCCCCUACGUGCCCCGUGUGGGGCAGCGCAUCACAGUGGUGGUGGGGCGCCCCUUCAGCGUCCAGCCCCUGCUGCAGCGCCUCCGCGCAGAGGGCACCUCCACGGUGGAGAUGCGCAAGGCGCUGACGGACUUCGUGCAGAGAGAGUUUGAGGCGCUGCGGGCCCAGGCCCGAGCCCUGCACCUGGCCCCGUAGCGCUGGGAGGCACCCCACGGUGACGCCGGCCCCCUGCCCAGCCCUCGGCACGGGAUGGGGGGUGCCCCGUGGCACGCCGCUGCCCCUGGGGGUGGCCACGGCCCCUCCCACCCCCCAAUAAAGCUGCUGCAGACAUGGCCGUCA